AUGAAUAGCCUAUCUCACACUGGGUUUUCAGACCUACUGACGUUGUUAGGUGAUAUGCUGCCAUUGAACAAUGAAAUGCCAUCAUCCAUGUAUGAGGCUGGGAAGAUGUUUGCUGCAUUGGGAAUGGGAUAUGAGAAAAUACAUGUCCAUAUGAUUGCAUACUCUAUAGAAAGGAGUACAAAGAUACAACUUCAUGUCCUACAUGUGGUUUCGAAGGAUGUUCCAAUCAGCAAAAUAGCGAAGAAUUUGACAUGGCAUGCUCACGAAAGAGAUUAUGAUGGCACAAUGUGUCACCCAACGGAUUCUCCAUCAUGGAAGUUAGUAGACCACAAGUGGCCAGAUUUCGCUGCAGAGCCAAGAAACCUUCGAUUAGCUAUUUCUGCAGAUGGAACAAAUCCACACAGUUCCCUUAGCAGUAGGUAUAGUUGUUGGCCAGUUAUAAUGAUUACCUACAAUCUUCCACCGUGGUUAUGUAUGAAGAGGCUAGAUUUCGUUGCAGAGCCAAGAAACCUUCGAUUAGCUAUUUUUGCAGAUGGAAUAAAUCCACACAGUUCCCUUAGUAGUAGGUAUAGUUAUUGGCCAGUUAUAAUGAUUACCUACAAUCUUUCACCGUGGUUAUGUAUGAAGAGGAAAUUUAUGAUGUUAUCAUUGUUAAUAUCAGGUCCACAACAACCUGGUAAUGACAUUGAUGUUUACUUGGCACCACUAAUUGAUGAUUUGAAAAUGUUGUGGGAGGGAUAUUAUGCAUGUCCAAUUUGCAGUGAAGGAACAUGUUCUCACAGAUUAAAAUAUGGUAAGAAGAACACAUAUGUUGGCCACAUAAAAUUUCUUCCACGCUAUCAUCCAUAUCGGAGGCAAAAAAAGGCUUUUAAUGGUGAGCAAGGGUUUGAAUUAGCCCCAAUACCAUUAACUGGGGAGGAGAUAUUAAAUAAGGUUGAAGGGCUUGUAACCAUAUGGGGAAAGAAAAAUAAAAAAGCAUUACAUGUUGGUGGAAAAACAAAGGAUGGAAUUAAUUCCCGCAUUGAUCUUGUAGAAAUGGGUUUGCGUGAAAAAUUGGCACCACAAAUUGGGGAGAAGCGAACAUACUUGUCUCCAGCAUGUUACACAUUGUCUAAGGAGGAGAAAAGAAGAGUAUGUACAACAUUAUUGGAAUUGAAGGUUCCAGAAGGAUACUCUUCAAAUUUGGGAAGUCGUGUAUCAAUGCAAGAUUUGAAACUUUAUGGUCUAAAGUCACAUGAUUAUCAUGUAUUGAUGCAACAGUUACUACCUGUGGCAAUACGAUCUGUGUUACCUAAGCAUGUGAGACAUUCCAUUAUCAGGCUAUGUUUCUUUUUUAAUGCUACUUGUAGCAAAGCGGUGGAUGUGGUAAAAUUAGAUGAGAUUCAAAAAGAGCUUGUGGUCACAUUGUGUUUACUUGAAAAGUACUUGCCACCUUCGUUCUUUGAUAUCAUGGUGCAUUUGACAGCGCAUCUUGUUAGAGAAGUUCGACUUUGUGGACCAGUUCACUUUAGAUGGAUGUACCAAUUUGAGAGGUUCAUGAAGAUCUUAAAGGGUUAUGUUCGUAAUCGUAAUUGUCCUGAAGGUUGCAUUGCUGAAAGUUACAUUGUAGAAGAAGCUGUUGAGUUUUGUGCAGAGUACUUAUCUGGAGUGGAUGCAAUCGGGAUUCUUUCUAAUAGGAACAUGACAGUUGAUGAUGAUAUAGAAAUUGGAAGGCCUUUAUCAAGUGGUUGUGUUGUUACUGUUGAUCGUAAUGAAUGGGAGCAAACACAUCGCUAUGUGUUAGAAAAUACAAGUGACAUUCAACCAUACAUUGAGGAGCAUAUGGCUUGGUUGAAGCUAAAAUAUCAUCGUCAAUCACAAAGUCAAAAAUGGCUACAAAUUGAGCAUAAUAAAACAUUUAUGUAUUGGCUUCGUGAAAAGGUCUCAAAGGAAUUAAGUAGCCAAAAUAAUAUCUCAAAUAACCUGAAGUGGAUAGCACAAGGACCUCGAUUGGAUGUUAUAAAAUUCCCUGGCUAUAUCAUCAAUGGUUGUCGUUAUCACACAAAAGAUCAGGAUAACUCACGAGUUAGCCAAAACAGUGGAGUUAGUCUAGUGGCAACAACAAUGCAUGUGACAGGUUACAAGGAUAAGAACCCAGUGUUUACUGAUAUGAGUUAUUAUGGAGUUAUUAUUGAGAUAUGGCAACUUGACUACAAUAUGUUCAAGAUUUCGGUAUUUAAGUAUGAUUGGGUUGACAACACAAAGGGAAUUAGAGUGGAUGAGUUGGGUUUCACAUUAGUUGAGUUAGGGAGGAUAGGCCAUAAAGACGAUCCCUUCAUUUUGGCUUCCCAAGCUAAGCAAGUUUUUUAUAUACAAGAUCAACUUGAUCCGAGAUGGUCAGUUGUGCUAGAACCUCCUCAAAAACAACAUUCUUGUGAAAAGGAUGAUGAGUUCAAUGAUUUUUGUAUAGAGCAUCAUGGCUUUACAAAAGUUUUGCCAGAAGUUGAAUCAUUAGAUGUGGUUGAUGAUUCUAUGUCAUCUUACAUGCGAGGAGAUUGUGAGGGAACUUGGCUCGAUAAUCCAUGA